AUGGGGGAAAACGAGGAUGAAAAAUACAGUCAAGCUGGCCACAUAUUUGAAAACUUCGUACAGGCAUCGACAUGCAAAGGCACCAUUCAGGCCUUCAAUAUUCUCACUCACCAACUUGAAUUGGAUCCUUUGGACAACAGGAACUUUUACACCAAACUGAAAUCAAGAGUGACCACAUGGAAGGCCAAAGCUUUGUGGAACAAGCUCGAUAAAAGAGCAAGUCACAAAGAGUAUAAACGUGGAAAAUCUUGUAUGAACACUAAGUGUUUAAUUAUCGGGGGUGGCCCAUGUGGCUUGAGAACUGCCAUAGAACUUGCCUUCCUGGGAGCCAAAGUCGUCGUGGUGGAGAAGCGAGACACGUUUUCCAGAAACAAUGUGUUGCAUCUCUGGCCAUUUACCAUCCAUGACCUCCGGGGACUGGGAGCAAAGAAAUUUUAUGGAAAAUUCUGUGCAGGAUCUAUUGAUCAUAUCAGUAUUCGACAACUUCAACUUAUCCUCUUCAAAGUUGCACUUAUACUGGGAGUUGAAAUCCACGUGAAUCUAGAAUUCGUGAAAGUCCUGGAGCCUCCUGAAGAUCAAGAAAACCAAAAGACAGGCUGGAGGGCUGAAUUUCUCCCCAUGGAUCACCCUUUGUCAGAGUAUGAGUUUGACGUCAUUAUCGGUGCGGAUGGCCGCAGGAACACGUUGGAAGGUUUCAGGAGGAAGGAGUUCCGUGGAAAGUUGGCUAUAGCCAUCACUGCCAAUUUUAUAAACAGAAAUACAACUGCAGAGGCCAAGGUAGAAGAAAUUAGUGGUGUUGCUUUCAUCUUCAAUCAGAAAUUCUUCCAGGACCUAAAAGAGGAAACAGGGAUUGACCUGGAGAAUAUUGUUUACUAUAAAGACAGCACACAUUAUUUUGUGAUGACAGCAAAAAAGCAGAGUCUUCUGGACAAAGGAGUGAUUAUUAACGACUCCAUAGACACCGAGUUGCUCCUCGGUGGGGAAAACGUGAACCAGAGCAAUUUGCUGUCCUAUGCUAGAGAAGCUGCUGACUUUGCAACCAAUUACCAGCUGCCUUCCUUGGAUUUUGCAAUUAACCACUAUGGCCAACCAGAUGUAGCAAUGUUUGAUUUUACUUCCAUGUAUGCAUCCGAAAAUGCUGCCCUUGUGAGGGAGAGGCACAGGCAUCAGCUCCUCGUGGCACUUGUUGGAGAUAGUUUGCUGGAGCCCUUCUGGCCCAUGGGUACUGGCUGUGCAAGAGGCUUCUUGGCUGCCUUCGACACCGCGUGGAUGGUGCGGAGUUGGGCCCAGGGGAAACCUCCACUGGAGAUCCUUGCUGAACGAGAGAGCAUUUAUCGACUCUUGCCUCAGACGACCCCUGAAAAUAUUAACAAGAACUUUGACCAGUAUACCAUUGACCCAGGAACCAGAUACCCAAACCUGAACUCGAGUUGUGUUCGACCACACCAGGUGAGACAAUUAUAUGUUACCAAUGAGUUACAACAGUGUCCUCUUGAAAGAGUGAGCUCCAUCAGAAGAUCAGUGAAUCUCUCCAGGCAAGAGUCAGAUAUUCGGCCUAACAAACUUCUGACGUGGUGCCAGAAGCAGACAGAAGGAUAUCGUAAUGUUAAUGUCACAGACCUGACUAGCUCCUGGAGAAAUGGCCUUGCUCUGUGUGCAAUCAUCCAUCGCUUCAGGCCUGACCUCAUUGACUUCGAUGCUCUGAACGAGGAGGACGUGGUGAAGAACAACCAGCUGGCGUUCGACGUGGCUGAGCAGGAGUUUGGGAUCCCCCCUGUGACCACGGGGAAGGAGGUGGGCUCAGCUGGGGAGCCCGACAAGCUCAGCAUGGUCAUGUACCUGUCCAAGUUCUACGAGCUGUUCCGGGGCACGCCGCUGCAGGCAGUGGAUGCUGGGGAGAAGCAAAAUGGAGAAAACAGUGAUCUUGGUUCAGCAAAAUCAUCAAACUUCCUCUUCAAUAAUUAUAUCAAUUUGACUUUGCCAAGAAAGCGAGUACCAAAGGUUGAAGGGAAAAUGGAAGAAAACGAGACGAACAAAAGACGUCGAAAAGGACUUUUUGGUGUCUUUGAGGAGACUUCAGGCUUUUCAAGCCAAGGGACAAAUACUGGGAAAGAACAGAGUGAUGGCAGAGAAGGAAUGAACCAGAACAAAGUUAAAUCAAUGGCAACUCAGCUGUUGGCAAAGUUUGAAGAGAAUGCUCCAAAUACAACUUUGCGGAGACAGGGCUCUCUGCGCAAGGAGUUCCCUCCAUCCGUGGGGGGCAGUGACACCUGCCAUUUCUGCGGGAGACGCGUGUACGUGAUGGAGCGGCUGAGCGCCGAGGGACACUUCUUCCACAGGGAGUGCUUCAGGUGUGCCACCUGCUCCAGCACGCUGCGCCUCGGCCUCUACGCCUUCGACGGCGACGAGGGUAAAUUUUACUGUAAACCUCAUUUUACACACUGCAAAAUGAGUGCAAAACACAGGAAGAGAAGAGCAACAUUACAGAUCCAAGGCAAGGCAACGGAAGCAUGGAAGAAAGUGGAAUCCAAAGGCCCAGAGACCAGCCCAGAAAGCACUCUGUGUGCUGCCAGCAGUCCAGAGGACAGGUCCCCAGGUAUCCUGGCUUCCUUCUUGGGGGGCUCGCUGGGCUGGCCCCUGCGGGUGACGAGGGAGCUGCUUGACAUUCCCAGCCGCCUGGCUAACUGGAUGCAUGGUGUUCUGCACGCUGCCAAGCUCCAUUUCAGGGACAAUGCCUAUAACUAUACCUACCUGUACGAACUGCUGAGCCUGGGUGUGCCCCUCCUCUGUGCUCUCCUGGAGGUACUCGCUCACAUGUACCGGGAAGCAGAGCUGUCACUUGAAAAUGUGCUUGAAUGGGUGAAAAGAUUCUGCUGCUGUCUGCCCGUGGCUGAUGAGCCCACCUCCCCCAAGAAGGCAAAGAGCACCCGGGAGAGCUGUGACUUGCAGAGCUGGUUCUCACCUCCUUCCCCUGAGUGGGCCACUGUGAAGGUCAUCCCCGAGGAGGAGAUGACUGAGCACAACCUUCUUGCCAUUCGAGUCAUGGUCACCAGCGAUGCCAGCAGCUCUGAGCUGGAGUCUGAUUUCAAUGGUGAUUCACUGCACUCUGAGGUGAGUGAAGGACUCGUGGAGCCUCCUGCCUGCUCCAGCCCCAUCCAGAGGUGGGCAUCACUCAUCAGGAGCCCUGUGGCAUCCGAGGAAAGCUCCAAGACAUCCAAAGUUGCUGAUGGCUUUCCUCUGCUGUCCAGCAAGAAACCUGGGCUACACUGGAAGGACAGCUCAGGCAGCAGUCAGAGUGGAUCUGGAGAGGAUCACUCCCAAACACAGUUGGCUACUUACAAGAAACCACCAGAAAAUACAAGUGGACAUUUCAAAGCUUACAGCCCAGUACUUCAAAGCAAAGGAAAAGGCAGAGAGAUGCCUCAGGACAUGGACCACUGUGCUCCCCAUUGCCCUUCUCAGAGCAGCACUGCAGGCUCUCUACAGAUCCCUCCUGACUUUUCUGAGUCCGAAGAUACAGACAGUGACUUUGGGACAUACUCAACCCAGGACUGGAAGGGAAAAACAUGGAAAUAUAUCUCCAAACCAGAAGAUGUUAAUAGGAAGAAAAAAGUGCUCUCAUCUCUGGAUUUGAAAGAGAAAGGUGGCAAAAAUACCAAGCACUCAGAAGAAAAGCUAGAGCAAGAAUUAAAGGAAGCAAACCAGAGGUUGGGGCUUUGUACCCAAGAGCAACACUUGCAUUACUCAAGCAGGACAGAUGUGGGUGGAAGCAGUCCAGGCUGUCACAGCAGUGGAGCCCUGUGGACUGGAGAGCAGGGUGCUGACUGCCAGAAAGGUGUGUUCAAACGACCUGGUCGUCCUGUGCCUCUCUUACUUGCGGUCGAUGCUGCACCAGCUCUGCCAGCUGACACAAAAGAUGCUCUGAGGAGUCCAGAUGUGGCUGGCAGGGAGCAUGCAGCUGGCCAGCCCAAGUCACCACUGAGGCUCAUAGCCAGUGCUUUCAAAAGGUCCAUUUGGGAGCCUUUAACUUCUACUCCAGAGAGGCUAAAACAGGACUCAGAGAGCAAAGUCAAAGCCUCUUCAGAACGAAUUUCCUUCAGCUUCCCCAGCACUCCUGGUCAUUCCCUAAGCCAAAGGAACAGCAACAACAACAACACUCAGCAACAGGAUCUCAAAGUAAGGGAGUGGUCAGGAGAAUAUUUAGGUGAUGGGAGCCCUUUCCCAAAUCCACCUAAUUGUUCUGUUGGCCGUGAAGAGAUGUCUCCAAGGGAUUACAGUGAGGAGGUGUCCUUGACAUCCUACAGUCCUCACACCAGGCCUUCCAACACAACCAGUAUACCUCAGAAAUCUUCUUGCACUAGGAUGGAGGAUGUGCCAGGACUCCUAGAAAAGUUUACCUUUAAAGACACUCCUCCAGGGGCUCCCAUGGAUGCCAUGUGUAUACGCAAGGAAAAGUCCAAUCUUCUUUCUUCUCCAGAGCCCAAGAACACCUCCAAGGGCAAUCUGGAAGACUCUGCACAAAAAGGACGUGAACACCUACCUGUCAGGAAACAAGCUACUGAGUAUUCUACUUCAUCCUCUGAUGAUGAAUUGGAAUCCAAGUCUUCAUUAACACACAAGGCCAAAAGGGCUCUCAGAAGGAGGAGGAAGCUGGAGAAGGAGACAAAGCAACUGAUUAAACAAGAGGAGCUGAAGAGGCUUCACAAAGCACAGGCAGUCCAGCGCCAACUAGAAGAACUGGAGGAAAGACAAAGAGCUCUGGAGAUUUUUGGUGUUGAACUGGAGAGAGAAUUAAGAGGAGAAGCAGAUUCAGGCACAAAGGAUGAAGCUCAGAUGCUCCAUGAAUGGUUUGAGUUGGUUCUGGAGAAGAAUAAAUUAAUGCGUUACGAGUCCGAGCUCCUGAUUAUAGCCCAAGAGCUAGAACUGGAGGACCACCAAAGCAGGCUGGAACAAAAGCUGAGAGAGAAAAUGGCCAUUGAUGUCAGCCUUAAAAAUGAGAAGGAUCUGAAUGAGGAGGAUGAGAUUUUUACAGAGAUGAUGAAAGUGGUUGAAGAAAGGGAUAAACUCGUGUGCACCUUGGAGGAGCAGAGAGUGAAAGAAAAAGCAGAAGACCAGCACUUUGAAAACCUCAUAUCAUCCAGAGGUUAUCAGCUGAGCAGGAUCUGA